AUGGCACGAGUACAACGUCUAGCAAUUCUUCUUACCCUGGCGGCGCUGGUUGCAGCUAAACCACCGCGACCGAAGAUUGUCGGUGGCGAGGAAGCGAUUCCGCACGAGUUCCCGUACCAGAUCUCGCUGCAGUGGAACUACAACCAGGACGAUCAGGAACCGUUCCACUUCUGCGGUGGUUCGCUAAUUGCUGACCGGUAUGUGCUUACCGCUGCCCAUUGCGUGCCUAGUGCCAUUUCGCCCGACGGUUUCGCAGAAGCCGUCGCCGGAGAGCACGAUUUCAGCCAGUUUGAUUCAUCAGUACAACGGCGUCGCAUCGUGGAGAUGUUCGUGCACGAGGACUACGCAGGUGGAGUUGGACCCAACGACAUUGCUGUGUUCCGCGUCGAGGAACCAUUCCGUCUGAAUCGUAAAGUGCAGCUGGUCACCUUGCCGGAACCGAACGCACUUCCUACGGGAGUGUGCACCAUCAGCGGAUGGGGAUCAACUUCGUUCACGGCGUCCCCCAGCUAUCCGGACACUCUUAUGAAAACGACCUUACCCAUCAUGGAUCUGGACUUGUGCCGUGAAAUCUACCAAACGAACCUGAUCGAAGAUAGCAACAUCUGCGCCGGUACGAUGGAAGGUACCUCGAGCGUCUGCUCUGGCGACUCCGGCGGACCUCUCGUUGAAACCGUCGAUGCUAUCGUGCAGGUUGGCAUCGUUUCCUGGGGAGGUAUUCCGUGCGGUGGUUACAGAAACCCAGGAGUAUUCGUUCGUGUUUCAUACUUUAUUGACUGGAUCAAUGACAAAAUCAACAACUAA